UCACAUGUCAAUAGACAUUAUAUUAUUUAUAUAACUUUUAUACCUAUAUAAAUUUAUUCACCAAAUAAGAAUUGUAAUAUAAAAAUGGCUAGGAACAAGGAAAAGAAAGAUGCUAAUUCUUCCAAAGGAGUUUGCACCGACGCGACUGAAAUGACUCCAGAUAGCGAUAUGACGACUUCUGAAUCUGAUGAAGUUUGGAAAACGCCGAGUAAAUUAAAAGAGGAGGUUCAAACAAUUAUUGAUAUCAUGGGCCCGACGAUGUCGCCGAAAUUCAAUUACAAUACUAGUAGCGAGGCAGAUAACGAAGAGUCGGUUUUUAGCAAUUCCAAAUUUUCAACUGUACAAUUUAAGGCGCGAUGCGAUUGUAAUGAUGAUUCGGAAAAGACAGAUGCCCCAGAUAUACUUUCGAAAGCAGACGAUACAUUUUAUAAUACUACAUCUAAUUCGGCAACGGUUGAUGAAAAUACAGAUCCAAAAAUUAGUUUUCAAUGCGAAGAAAGCUUUUCGCCUAGUACGCAGUAUAUUUGUCCGCCUCCUUUGGUUCCAGCUAAUUUUGGCUUUAACUCUGAAUGUUUGUGCCCGCAAAUGGCAAGUAUGCUGCACAAUGGUGGCGUUAUGAUGGGUUCACCAUUUACAUAUGAGCAAGAUAGAAAUUUAGAAAAUCCUAAAUAUGUACAAUGCGCUGCAAGAAAAAAAACCAAGAGUGGAAUUAUAAAUUGGCUAAGAAAUAAAGUUCCGUCGACACAUAAAUAUCAGGAACCAUGCGAUGAUAAUUCUUGUGAAUAUUAUAAGAUGAAUAUGAAAAGAAAUAGGGGAGAUGACAAUAGUUUACCAAGGCGCGUCAUUUUUGACCUGGUCGAAGGCAUCCCUCCAAAAGAAGACCCAUCUCACCUUCAGAAUUGUUUCGAAAAUUGCAGCCCAUCGAAAGAAAAGAAAAAUAAUGCCAACGAAAAAAUUCAAGAACAAAACGAUCCAGUUUAUUAUAAUGAGUGCGGCAACGCGUGUCAUGAGAAUGAUUUAUUUUUAUCUCAGACGGAUUGUCCUAAAGUGAAGAAAACCUUUGAGAGAGCCACUUUCUGCGAUAUAGAUGGCAAAACUAGGGUAGACGUAUACUAUUUCGAUCACGGUUGUUUUUCCCAUUAUCGAACAACUGAUGCACCACCAAUGAUUCACAGCGAAGAGUUGGCAUUUAAAACUGAAAGAUACACUACGAUAUUUUGGGCAGAAAUCUUUGGUGCAAUCCAUAUCGGAUUUUCUUUUGUCACGUCAUUUUUGCUGCAAUUCUUUAGGUUUAUACUAUACAGUAUAUUUCGUCCUUUAACUAUUGGACUGGUUCAGCUGGCUUCGGAUUAUUUUUUCAAACCUCUUCUUGCAACUUUAUUCAACGGAAUCUUUCAACCAAUUUUAAUAUUUGUCUUUAAUAUUGCCGCAUCUCUUCGGGAUUUGUGCAGCCCAAUAGCAGAAGCCGUGGGAUUCUUCCUGCAGGAAUGUGCGGGCGUCUUAAAAGCCAUUAGGCUCGUGGAAAUCAACAAAGAAAAUAGUAAAGAUUGCUCUGACGUUAAAAGUGACAAUAAAAGACCUUGUAAGAAAAGUAAGCCUGUAUGUUAAGAUAAAAAUCUAACUCUAAUUAUAAGUAUAUAUUAUAUAAAUAUAACAAU